CGGGACCUUGGAGAGUUUCCCCAGAUUCCUGGCCUUCUCCGCAACAGCUAGCGAACGUGCAUAGGCUCACUAUGAGGCUUAUAAACAUCCGCCAUGUAUCUUCCUAACAAUAAAGUCUUUCUCUCCCCGUAUUUACGCAUCAAUUCCCACAUCGAAUCCAUUGACCUCCACCCAGACCCCCGCCCUCACUGUGAAGACCCCUCAACGCUACAAUGCCAGAACCUCACACACCGAUUGCGCUCCCCUCUUCCUACAGCUCUCUCCCCUGGAAAGAGAUUCGCACCACGCACUACCCCAAGUCGUCUCCCACAGCAACGUCCAUCAUCGUCCUGACUCUGUACCGCCCGGGCAAGCACAAUGCCUUCACAAGCACACUUAUGCGCGAGAUGGAGCAGGCGUUUGGCAUGUUCGAUGUUGACGACCGCGUGAAGUGCAUUGUAGUGACGGGACAUGGGAGGAUAUUCUGUGCGGGUGCGGAUCUUGAGCAGGGGUUUGUGGGUGGCCAGGAGCCUAUCAAUGAGCAUAGAGAUGGAGGCGGUCGCGUUACUCUAGCUAUCAACUCCUGCCGCAAACCCACAAUCGGUGCUCUUCAAGGCUCCGCUGUCGGCGUUGGAAUUACCAUGUGCCUUCCUAUGUCCAUUCGUGUGGCCUACAAAGCUGCCAAGAUUGGGUUUGUCUUCGCCAGGCGUGGUCUCGUCAUGGAAGCCUGCUCAUCCUUCUUCCUACCGCGCCUCAUCGGACACUCCCGAGCGAUACACCUCGUCACCACAGGCUCGACAUACAAGGCGGAUGACAAGCUCUUUGGAACACUCUUCUCCGAGCUUUGUGAUAUACCUGAGGAUGUCCUUCCCAAGGCACUCGAGAUUGCGGAGGACGUGGUAAAGAACACAAGUGUGGUUAGCACGUAUCUCAUGAGGGAGAUGAUGUAUCGCGAUACGGGAUCUGCCGAGGGGACACAUCUCCUAGAUUCAAGGAUACUUUACGAGUUGUUUGUGAGCCAGGAUAACAAGGAAGGCGUGAAGUCAUUCUUAGAGAAGAGGCCGGCACAAUUCUCGGGGACUAUGGAAAACAGUUCCCCAUCAGCGUAUCCAUGGUGGAUGCCAGUUGAUAUCGUUGGGAGGGCAAAAGCUGACAAAACGGGCGCGAAGCCGAGGCUCUAA